AUGCUAAAUCAAAGAUCAGAUUUACAAUUCUGCUUUUCUUCCCACAACAAAACAGUUUGGCAGAGGGAGAUUCAGCACUUCCCCACUCUUCCUUUGCAGGAGACAUGUUCACUAGGAGCCGUCCUCAACCAAUCCGCCCCCGCUGAGUUCUUCUUCCGCGUGUUGACCACCGUCCCAGAAUUCCAGGCCCUGCUCUUCCUCCUCUUCCUCCUCCUCUACUUGAUGAUCCUCUGUGGCAACACAGCCAUCAUCUGGGUGGUGUGCACGCACAGCUCCCUCCGCACCCCCAUGUACUUCUUCCUCUGCAACCUGGCCUUCCUGGAAAUCUGCUACACCACGGUGGUGGUGCCUUUGAUGCUUUCCAACAUUUGGGGGGGCCCGAAGCCCAUCCCCCUGGCUGGCUGUGGGGCCCAGAUGUUCUUUUUUGUCACCCUCGGCAGCACUGACUGCUUUCUCUUGGCAAUCAUGGCAUACGAUCGCUACGUGGCCAUCUGCCACCCGCUGCACUACACCCUCAUCAUGACCCAGAAGCUGUGCGCCCAGAUGGUGGCGUGCGCGGUGGGCCUGGCCCUGGUCCUCUCCCUGCAGCUCACGUCCUUAAUCUUCACCCUGCCCUUCUGCGGGCACCGCCGGGAGAUCAACCACUUCCUGUGCGAUGUGCCCCCGGUCCUGCGGCUGGCCUGCGCCGACAUCCGCGUGCACCAGGCCGUCCUCUACGUGGUGGGCAUCCUCGUGCUGACCGUCCCCUUCCUGCUCAUCUGUGUGUCCUAUGUGUUCAUCGCCUCGGCCAUCCUGCGCAUCCGCUCCGCCGAGGGCCGCCGCCGGGCCUUCUCCACCUGCUCCUCGCACCUCACCGUGGUCCUGCUGCAGUACGGCUGUUGCAGCCUCGUCUACCUGCGGCCCCGCUCCAGCUCCUCGGUGGACGAGGACCGCCAGAUCGCCCUGGUCUACACCUUCGUCACCCCCCUCCUCAACCCGCUGAUUUACACCCUCAGGAACAAGGAUGUCAAAGGUGCCCUGAGGAAUGCCGUCCUCCAUAAAGCAGCCUCUGGUGCCAGUUGA